CAAGAAGAAGAAGAGAAGAAAGAAGAAGAAGAAGAAGAAGAAGAAGAAGAAGAAGAAGAAGAAGAAGAAGAAACUACUAACUUACCGGUGGCUCUUAGGGAUGGUGGCGACGACGACAACAGGCUCGAUGGGCUGGAGGCGACGGGGAGGGCGAGCCGGCAGUUCGACUGUCAAAGGUCGAAUGGGCAGGGGAGGGAACGGGUGGCAGGGCAAAGAUGGCUCUGUGAUAUGGGAGUGGGACAAGAGGGCAUUCACGAAGCCAGAGCUACCUCCUUACAUCUCAGAUCCUCCAGCAGAGAAUGCAUCAGAGAGUCAGAUCCUGCUGGUAUGGACACUUAAUAAUGCCAUUGAUGCGCUCUCUCGUAAAGACGGCAGUGGAACGCGUGCAACCUCUUUGCCGAGACAAGUACAACAUGAGUAGCGACCUUUUAUGUCAAGUUGUCAACAGCAUUAGAUCAAAUAAAUGACCCAUUUUUCA